AUCGAAUAGAUCUAUAUUAGAAGUAAAAAUAAAAUCUGGAAAAUGGAUACCAUCGGAAAGUACGAUGCCUUAUGAGUUUAAAGUAGAAGGUAUAGAACCUAGGAAGAAGGAGGGUGGUAUGUUUGUCAACUUUUCGUUUCGUGCCGAUCCUAAACUUAAAGAAACUGCAUUGGAAGAGAUUGAAAAUCACAUUAAAGAUCAUUUAAACGAAAAUAAAUUGGUCCCAUGGUUUAAUUUUAAGCCGAACAACGCUUAUCUUGUUGAG